UGAAAAGGCGGACAUUUGGUUGAGGGAUCUCCGUGCUGUUCACUUAUAGCGUUGUUCUGCGGGGCGGCGCAUUGGCCCUCGCCCCGUUCUAGCGCUGUCGACAUGAAGAUCACUAUAGAGGUAGAGAUCCAGCCGGAUGAAGUCGGCCUUGCUGCGGAAUUGCUAAGCACGCUGAGGACCCUAACCGACCAUGUCAAGGUGGUAACUCCUGCGGCGGGCGCUGUCGGCGCAGCAACAGCCCCGGCCAUUGCGAAUGGCCCAGCAGCCCCACACGUCCCCCCAGCCCGCGCCGCUCCCACACCUCCUGCCACCCAGCCCCAGCAACCCGCAACCAGCCUCCCACAACAACCCCAGCAGCCUCAACUUCCCGCCGCUCCAGCCAUGCCUCCCGCGGCUCCCGCUGCGCCCGCACCCGCUCCCGCUCCCGCCGCACAACACCCCACGCCCGCACCCCCACCCCAGCAACCUCCCCAGCCACAGCCCCCCCAGCCCCAACCUCCGCAGCAGCCCCCCCAGCAGGCGCCUGCUGCUGCUGCUGCUGCUGCCCCCCAGGGGCCUCAGGGCACCCCGCAGCCCCUCCAUGCGUGCGUGCCGCGGCUGGCUAGCCCCGCCACCCAGGAGCAGGCGGUGGCGGAUGUGGUGGCCACGUUGCGUGCGGCGGAGCGGGAGGAGCGGCUGCCGCAGGCGGUGGAGGAGCUGGUUGCUUCCUUUGAGCAGCAGGUGUUCGACAACCCCGAGGUCAUCGGAUCCACCGUGGGAGUGCUGCCGUACAUGUCGCUGUACCAGCGGCUGCCUGAGGAGCUGCGGCCCAAGGUCCGGGAUCGCAUGGUGGCCAAGGUCCUGACCGCCCUCACCCGCAAGCGCCCGCCCUCCGCCGACCGCACCUCCUUCUUCGCCUACGCGGACGCAUUCGCCACGCUGGUCAAGUUCGAGGCGGUGCCCAUGGACGGUGCCGUGCAGACGCUCGCCCGGCUGCUGCUCAAGCCCGACAACCGAGUGGCGGGAGUGACCAUGCUGGGCAAGACGGUGGAGUACUGCGGGGAGCAGUUGCUGCGCACCCCGGAGACCCACCUGGCCAACCUGUGGCGGGCGCUGGAGGCGGUCAAGGAGGAGGCAUUCAGCUACGACCUGCAGUACAUUCUGCAAACACUGCACGCCUUGCUCCCACCGGGCUCCCAACUCCCAGGCGCCGCUCCCGCUCCUCCCGCCUCCACCCCCGCCGCCGCCGCCCCAGCCGCCCCAGCCCCUACCUCCGCCCCCGCCACCUCGCCUCCCCCCGCCCCAGCCGCCGCCCCUGCCGCCGCCGCCGCCCCCGCCACCUCCUCCGCCCCCGCCGCCCCGGCGCCCAACCCCACCCCCACCUCCAUGGUCCACAUGGGCUGCUACAGCGGCCACGUCAGCACGGUGUUCACCAUGUGCUACGACGCGACGUCGGGGCAGCUGGCGAGUGGCGGGCAGGACGGGCAGCUGCUGGUGUGGGGGCAUGACGGCACUCCGGCGAGCAGGCUGGACGUCUCCUCGCACUUCAUCUGCUCCCUGGAUGUCCUCCCGCGCUCCGGAACCAUCCUGGCAGCAGGCGUCCCGAUUGACCACUCCAACCCUGAGGGCCCCCCACCCGCCGAGCCCCCCUGCGUCCUCGCCUUCAGCCCCCCGCCCGCCGCCGGCGGCCCCGCCACUCGCAUGGGCCCUUGGACCCCCCGCGGCCGACUGUACGGCCCCGGCCGCGGCUUGAUCAGCUUUGUACGAUCACUGGGUGGCGACGGAGAGGUCUUCGCAAUCGGCGAAAACGUUGCCGCGACGACGCCCGGUACGGCAGCCAAGGAUGUCGUAUCUCUGUACGACGCGUCGCGUGGGGGCCCGAUGGAGCAAUCCGUACCUCUCGUGUCGUACGGCGAGCACCGCGACAUGGUGACGUGUGCGGCGCCCUGGUGGUCGAACCCGGCUGUGUUUGUGUCUGGCGGGCGCGACUGCGCGAUCAAGGUGUGGGAUCGGCGCAUGGCGCAGAGCGUGGGUGGUUUCGGGGAGUUGGACAGCGGCAGCGGAGUGGUGCGGGCACAUGGCGACAUGGUGACCUGCCUGGACACCACUGACAACCUGCUGCUGAGCACGUCUGUGGACAGCUACAUGUGCAUCUGGGACUUCCGGCAGCUCAGCCUGACCCACGGGUCGGUGGCGGGACCCAUGGUGAAGCUCCAGCUCGACACGCAGCCCACACUCAAGAUUGCUGUCACGGGCGCUCCGCACUCGCGACUGGCCGCCAUCAGCACCUACCAGGGCCUGUACGUCAUGGACUUCACGCAUCUCGCCACCCCCCACACCCUCAUCGCUCCGCCCUUCUCCGACGGCCGCCCCUUCAAGUACUACCACGACAUCCGCUGGGCGGGUGGACCUGGCGCACCCGGGCAGCCGGUGCUGUUCGGCGCGUCGGACGACCCGCGCAUUGACGUGUUCGGACUGGCGUUCUAAGGGGGGCGGGAAGGCUGGCGUUCUAAGGGCGUUUUAAAGGGGAGAAGGGCGUUCUAAGAGGGGAAGGAGAGGGCAGGCAUAAGGGAAAGGCGUAAGGAG